GGUGAACUCUUAGGGCCAAGAAGGAAUUUUGUCGUCGCGCCCACCAGCAAAGUAAAGUGCCAUUGCUUAUGUAAUGCCAGUAAGGAGAACUAGAGGUGGCUUUUGCAGUUAUAUUGUUGCUGUAAAGAAGCCCACCUAGAAGGGUGCGAGUGACCACUCGACGUAAGCGUAGGGAGUGCUACAAUGGCACGUGCAAAUAGCCUAGGCCUUUCGACAACAACAUAUGAUUAACCUGAGACCGCUUCAAAAGUAUGGAAGACACGUUUCGGACUGAAGGGGACCCGGGCGGUGACGACUGGCAGCCAGCCCAUUAUGUAUGGGAUAGUCGUCGGCUCGCUGCUUCGCGCAUAGGAGUGGCCACUGGCCAUCCGGGAGAAGUUUCCGGAAAUCAACCAAUUGAAGCCGGGCAUAAUGCCAUGGAGGAUGGGGCGUCAGGAGAGCAGCUGCAAGGAUUGGGCGAAAAGUGCAUGGUUCGGGGCUGCACGGAGGACUUAUCCAACUCCAAACCUUAUUACCGGCGUUUCCGGAUUUGUGAGCGGCAUUUAAAGACCCUGACGCUCUGCAUCGAGGGGAAGCCAAGCCGCUUUUAUCAGCAGUGCGGUCGGUUCCAUGGUGUGGAGGAAUUUGAGGGAGGCAAAAGGUAAACAUGGG